GAAAAGGGAGGUAUCAACAUGACGAACACGGUUCCAUUAACCCAUUUAGAUUUGGAUCAGGUUAAAGCAGUGUUAAGUGAAUACAAAAUUCACAAUGCAGAUGUAAACUUUAAAUGUGACGCUACCGUUGAUGAUUUGAUCGAUGUUAUCGAGGGUCGUAUUUACAUACCCGCAAUAUAUGUCCUCAACAAGAUUGAUCAAAUAAGUAUAGAAGAAUUAGAUUUAAUAUAUAAAAUUCCGCAUGCAGUUCCUAUUUCGGCUCACCAUGAAUGGAACUUUGAUGAACUAUUGGAAAAGAUGUGGGAAUAUCUUAACCUUAUCAGAAUUUACACGAAACCGAAAGGUCAACUACCUGACUAUAGUGCACCAGUUGUUUUGCGAUCAAGCCUUUGCAAUAUUGAAGAUUUUUGUAACAGUAUUCAUAGGGGAAUUGUUAAACAAUUCAAAUAUGCUUUGGUGUGGGGUAGUUCUGCUAAACAUCAACCCCAGAAAGUUGGAUUGUCUCACGUACUUGCUGAUGAAGAUGUUGUUCAAUUAGUUAAACAAUGA